AUGCCUUACACGCCUCCUCAACGUUCUCCCGCUUCGUCCGCUGCCUCGACACCGACAGUGAGCCGCCGAUCUUCUUUCAAUGACAGCAGACCCGUUCACACAAACCGUCCGAGCCUCCCCCGCUCCUCUUCUUAUCUAGCACGGCACAAACGGGCACUUUCGGCUCCUACCAUUGGUGCUGCUGCCCAACCGACCCCACGAGACACCUCUGAAGAUCUGAAGGGCAUGGUUUCCGUAUGCCGUCCUGACGGCCAAGAUGACAUCUACAUUGGCAGGAGUGUCUGCCAGUCGCCGCCACCAGUGACGGGGGAGCGCCAGGGUAUGCCAUCCGGUGCCGUGCUUUCUCCGCCCGAGUCACCACACAGCAGCAGCGAUGACGAAGACCGGAGGGAAGGUGUGCGUGGCCGCCAGAUCGAAAACACCUAUGAGCUGAAGCAACUGCAUGAAGCUAUCAGCCAACUGCCCAAGCAGCGCCGUGAGAGCUCACCCAGCGAUACAUCAAGUGUCGAUGCUCAGGUCUCUCGCCGGGACCUGGCGCCAUUCAGCUUCAGCACCAGCUCACUAGAUCAGCUCGCACGGAGAAGCGCUUUGAUUCAGCGCAGCGGCAGCAGCAGCGGCCGGCGUGUGUCUCAUGUCCGCUCUGCAACGGAGCCGAACGUGGUAGUGACACCGGCCGGGGGCUCGGUGAUCGGUUCUGAUGAUGAGAACGAUCUGGACAUGCACAAGCCGCCAAUGGUACGAAAGAAGUCGGGCGAGCUGGUACGGCCGGCCCUUCGCUUUAGCACUGGCCGCAGACCUUCUAGUGUGCCUUGGACUCCGACUUUCUCCAAGGCUGUUCAUUUCGACUCCCACCUGGAACAUGUUCGCCACUUCCUCCAAGUCGAUCGGCCGCUUGCUGUCAGUGCAGGCUCUUCGCCAGUCGACACCUACGACAGCGAGUCGGAAUACCCCUUCAACAGCAGCAUCGGGAUGCAGAAGCAACAGGGCCAGCGCCAUGGCCCGGUGCAUGAGUGGGAGAUGACGCUGACCAAGUUCCCCGCCGAGACGGCUGUCCGCAUGGAGUUGCCUGCUCGACUGGAGCGUGUUUGGUUGUCGGCGGACCAGAAGUGCCUUCACGGCUCUGUGGCUGUGGCCAACCUUGCCUUUUCCAAACAGGUUGUUUGCCGAUUUACGCUUGACUACUGGAAGACAACGUCCGAGGUUGCAGCCGAGUAUUCGGCCGAGAUUGUUCCUCGAGUGUCCACCAUUGGCCACGACAGGUUCAACUUCACGAUCAGGCUGUCUGACAUGGCACACCUCGAGUCCAAGACGCUGUUCUUCUGUAUUAGGUACACCGUCGGCGGCAAGGAGUACUGGGACAACAACGGUGGCAGCAACUUCCAAGUCGACUUCAAGAAGAAGAUGCUCCCUGUCAAUGGCAAGGCCGGACUCCAGACAUCCAACGGGCUGCCCCGCAGCAGACGGCGGGCGAGCUCCUCCGUGGCGGCUCCUCGUCCCAUCUCCAUGCCGGCCAGUCUGGACGACUUCAAUGACGGCGCCAAUCUGAUGUUCGACCGCUCUCUUCAGGAUUACCUCGGCGAGCCGUUCCCUGCUCUGCGACUGAAGUCGCCAAAGUCGUCAGCGCCGACGUCAGACGUGCCGAGCGACAACCUGGGCAGCAACUUGUCAGUGCCCAGCGGGCUGGCCUUCGCCAACCGCUACGACUUCAGCGCUUCGCUCAGCGCUGUCAUGCAGGCAGCCAAGGACUCGCUGCCCAGCUCCAGUGAGCUGACGAUGAAGCCAAAUCGCAAGCUGAAAGUCUCGGUACCUAAAACUACUUUUGACUUUUCUGCUGCUGCUCCACCAUCGCUUCCUGCAAAGCCAGUGGUGGCUUCGAAGGAGCGAUUUGUGACGCCGGUGCCUGCGGGCCCAACGGUCCGCGACGUGAAGACUACACAAGCGCCCAACGCUGCUGCAGCUGCGGCGCAUGGUCAGGGUAGCAUCGCAUCCAAGUCGUAUGACGAGAUUGUCAGCAAGUAUUGUUUCGUUGGGCAGAUUAAUGGCGCUGCCGGUGAGGUUGCCAGCCUGGCCAACUCGACGCCGCCGUCAUCUUCUGAAGGCAGCCCAAUCCUGAUGGGUGGCGGCCUGCAGCGGCACCCAGCGACGGCCCUCAGGCAUAGUAUGUCUGGGAGCUGGGGUGGUCUUAUGAUUCGGGGACAACAGACGCCGUUUUCUCCACCUCCGACAUCGGCCGAUUUGAGGCAGUACCAGUUGGAGCCACGGCUGAUGGCUUCUGCGCCCAACUCGAGAAGCAGCAGCAGCGCAGGCUCUCCUGGCUCGAUGAUCGGCGUAUGCUCGCCACUGGACUCUCCGUCGGCAGAUCUCGCAUUUCAGCACAUGCAGGACCGCUUCCCCUUCAACAGCGCGGAUGCCCAUUCAGCAACGGCCAUUAGGGGUUGA